AACAUCAGUUCAAAGUUCCGAAAUAUUCUCCACUGCUUUGCACACUAUUCGAAAGUCGAAAGUCAUCUUUGCACUCUCUGAAAGCUAGCAUUAUCGGACAUAACCAAGAAGUUCCAACAUCGGCAGCCAAGAUGAAGACUCCCAGUCCGAACGAUGUCAACAUCCCUCAAGUGGAGGCCACCGAUGGAGAUGUCAUCAUGAUCAAUCCCACUGACCCGAGCGCCCAAGUCGAAGAGAAGCCUGAAAUCGAAAUUGGGUCCAUUUGUGACGUGAAGGAUCUCUACAAGGGCAAGGAAAAUUGUCUUUGCUGCAUCACCUGGUCUGCGGAGCCCCAGAAGAAACUGCCAGAGAAAUCUUCUGAUGAGACUGGCGGCUAUGCAAUCCUCACAAGACGAACUGAAGGUCAUGGCGAUUUCGGGCGAGACCAAAAGCUACACUCGAUCGUGAUCCAGAGCCCCGUAAUCCGAGAUGUCUUGGAGCCUGUAUUGAAAGAGUACCCAGGUAUCACUUCAGAGCUGUCUUCGUUGACUAUUGAGGCACCAUUUGCUUGCUUCUAUCAUCGAUGGGCGGAGCUCAAGGCUGCCUUCAAGCUUUGCACAGGGGAGACGGCACAACAUAUGGGUUUGUUGAUGACAAUUCUGACAGAGGAAUUUGACGGCACUCAGAAGGCGAUGAGUGAUCUCUUGAGGAACGAUGUAAUCGAGUACAAGUACCUUUGGGCAUUGUUCAAUCCUGGGGCUGUUCUUAUUACGAAGAUGCAGGGUUUGGAAGCUGCAGUGAUCUUGGAAGAUGCAGUAGAGUACGAUGAGCAAAAUGGAGACGAGGGAUAUGCUUUACUGUGCAGGCACAUCGACUACAACGGCGGUACAACCGGCUUCGUCAGCACCAAAAUCAAGAUUCCUGAAUUCAAAGGGUCGAAACCGUUGAGUAGCUUGCCUGCUGUUCCGCUUCGCACUCGCGAGGACCAGCAGGAAGUCACGGAGAAGCUGGUCCGUCAAGGAAAAAGGUUUGCAGAACUCAGAAACGCGUCUUUUCUGGAGUAUUCUGGUGUAGCCUUCUUGACAAACAAUCGAGAUCGUGACAUAGAUGAUGAAGAGCAAAGGGUCCAGACACAGGUCAACGGUCGAGUUAUGGUGGAUGCCUACGCCUGCUUCCAAUUCAAUAGGGGUGAGAGACUCUACUUGCGACCUUUGACGGUGACGGAUCCGAUCAACAGAGUCAAUCAUCAAAGCGGGCAUCGUAAUCAUAGACACAUAGGAGCGAAACAUGGCCCUAGAGCUUAUCAUGCCCCUCCUCCUCCGCCUCCACCACCUUCAAAUUGGAACCGAAUUGACCUGUGGGAUCCACACACUGGCCACCCCGUGCAGGAGUCAAAAGGACGUCCGAAAGAAGCAGACCAAAUAAAGCUCACUGAUGAGCAACUUCUAAUCUGUGCGCCGUUCGUGAGGGGCUAUUCGUUCAAGACCAAAGAGUGGCUUCUCCUUAACAUCAAUGAGUUGGUCCCUAUUAAAUGGACCGAGGAUAUGUUCGAGAACCUCGUGCUACCAAUGGAGGAAAAGCAGCUUCUUUUAGCAUUGACAAGAAGCCAUGCGAAGGCAAAUUUGAAGUUCGACGACUUCGUGGUUGGUAAAGGCAAGGGAAUGAUCAUGAUGCUUGAUGGAGCGCCCGGCACAGGCAAAACUCUUACUGCGGAGGGCGUCGCUGAGGCAAUGAAGGCACCCCUCUAUACAAUGAGUGCUGGUGAGCUCGGCUUAGAAACACGCGUCGUAGAAAAAAAGCUUUCAGACAUUCUCGAGAUGGCGACCAUGUGGAAUGCCAUUUUGCUUAUUGAUGAAGCUGAUAUCUUCAUGGAGCAACGAGGCCCUCAUGAUCUUGAGCGAAAUGAGCUCGUGUCAAUCUUCCUCCGUCACCUUGAAUACUUCAAAGGCGUAAUGAUCUUAACUACGAACCGCGUUGAGAUGAUGGAUCUAGCCUUCGACUCUCGCGUCGAUAUUCGCCUCCACUACCCUGAUCUUGACUCCCCUGCACGUCGCAAAGUUUGGGCCAAUUUUGUUGACAAGUUGCCUGGGAAUUCAAUCUUUGGGGCUGAGGAACUUGAUCGACUUGCCGCGGUGGAAUUGAAUGGUAGGCAGAUUAAGUCUGCUAUGAAGACUGCGUAUUUGUUGGCUUCCGGCAAUGACGAUGAUGUUCGGUUUGAGCAUAUCCAAUCUGUGUUGAGGAUUACGAGGGAGAUGAUUCUCUGAUGGGGCUAGGAGCUAAGGGUGAAAUGGAGAAAGUGGGCAAGGUAGUCAUACCGUAGUGAGCCAUUACUUAUACAACUUUUCAUUUGCCAACGUUGCUGCACAAGAGAUAUUGCCAAAUCUCAAU